UCUUCCUCUGCCUCUUUGCUCUGUUUGUGUUUUUGAAUGUGAUAGAUUGAUCUAAGGAGAAGACCAUGGCAGUAGGAUUUGCAAUUACAAGCAAAGGCUCACACUACAAUGGAAGGAUGACCCUGUUUGUCAUACUCUCAUGUAUGAUUGCUGCCAUGGGAGGAGUCCUCUUUGGCUAUGACAUAGGAAUUUCAGGUGGAGUUACAUCCAUGGAACCAUUUCUGAGGAAGUUCUUCCCAAAGGUCUACAUUAGAGUUAAAGAAGACACCAGAAUAAGCAACUACUGCAAAUUUGAUAGCCAACUCUUAACCUCUUUUACAUCUUCACUCUACAUUGCUGGACUUGUUGCUUCCUUCUUUGCCUCAUCAGUCACAAGAGCCUUUGGGCGUAAACCAUCAAUUCUGGUCGGUGGUGCUGCUUUCCUUGCCGGUUCAGCCCUUGGUGGAGCUGCUGUCAAUGUUUACAUGCUUAUUUUAGGCCGUCUCUUGCUUGGAAUUGGAGUUGGAUUCACAAACCAGUCAAUCCCUCUUUAUCUCUCCGAAAUGGCUCUACCACAAAACAGAGGAGCAUUCAACAUUGGCUUCCAAGUCUGUGUUGGCAUUGGAGUAUUAUCAGCAAAUCUCAUCAACUAUGGAACUGAAAAGUUAAGAGGUGGUUGGGGCUGGCGAAUCUCCCUUGCCAUGGCUGCAAUCCCUGCUUCAAUCCUUACUCUUGGGGCCCUUUUCCUCCCUGAGACACCCAACAGCCUGAUCCAACGCAACAAUGAUCACCAAAAGGCCAAGGCAAUGCUGCAACGGGUCCGAGGUACAAUCGAUGUUCAAACAGAACUAGACGACCUCAUCAAAGCUAGUGAAAUCUCCAAAACCAUGGAAGAAAACCCAUUCAAAAAGAUCUUACAGGCAAGAUAUAGACCACAACUAGUUAUGGCAAUUGCAAUUCCAUUCUUCCAGCAGGUAACUGGAAUAAAUGUGAUUUCUUUCUAUGCACCAUUGUUGUUCAGAACAAUGGGGUUUGGAGAGAGUGCAUCACUCAUAUCUGCAGUAGUAACUGGUCUUGUGGGUACUAGCUCAACCUUCAUAUCAAUGUUGAUAGUAGACAAGUUGGGUCGUCGGCUUUUGUUUAUGGUUGGGGGAGUUCAAAUGUUUAUCUCACAAAUGAUGAUUGGAAGUAUAAUGGCUGCUCAGCUUGGAGAUCAUGGUGGAUUGAGUAAAGGAUAUGCUUAUAUAGUAUUGUUCUUGAUUUGUGUUUAUGUUUCUGGUUUUGCUUGGUCAUGGGGUCCCCUUGGUUGGUUGGUUCCAAGUGAGAUUUUUCAAUUAGAGAUCAGAUCAGUAGCACAGAGCAUUACUGUGGCUGUGGGAUUUCUCUUCACAUUCAUCAUUGCUCAAACCUUUCUGUCCAUGCUCUGUCAUUUCAAGUCUGGUAUUUUCUUCUUCUUUGGAGGAUGGGUGGCUGUGAUGACUGGAUUUGUAUAUUUUUUACUUCCAGAAACCAAGAACUUGCCCAUUGAAUUGAUGGAUCGAGUUUGGGGUGAACAUUGGUUCUGGAAGAGGAUUGUCAGUGAGGAGAAAGGGGAGAAUAAGAAAAACAGAGCACAAGGUUGUGAUGAAACAGGUCUCGUUUGUUUACGUUCAUGA